AUGGCAUCCCAAGAACUUCCAACAGGCUUAUUCACUUUGUUUGACGAGUAUCCGCUGAUGACGAAGUACCAAAACCGGCGAAUAGCUCCGAUCAUGCUUCUGAUCUCGAUAAUACUUCUCAUUUGCUUGACUGUUUUCAACAUCCUAACACAAGGAAGAUCACUACAUUACAAAACAUUUCUAUCGUCACAAUUUUUCAAUCAAACGAUAUCUGCUAAUGGCGACAACAUCACCUGCCAGCCAGUAACAAUGGAGCUCAGUGAAAGCUUUGUACCGGUAGUCCCAAUUGGGGAUGCCUCUCAACUUUCCGUUAGCUCUCGGGGAUUCCAAUGGUCCAUUUACGCUGUGCUCCCACCGGGAGGGUCAGAAUCAGGAAACACAACAACAGGCUUCCUUUAUUCCGGCGAGAAAUUGAAUUGUAUCAUUGUAUAUGCCCAUCAUGUUUAUAACUUUGAAACUAGAAAUCUUAAGUUCAACUCUUGCGCUAGUUGCCUGUUGAUUACCGGUUUCACCAUCAAGAUAUGUACUUUGUACGAUUCUGCUACUCUAAAGCUACCCAAGUUUGCCCGGCUUUUCUACAACAGCAUACCUGAUCUCGGCUUGAAUGGCGCUAGUAAACUCGAUCAGAUCUAUCAUGAAAUGUCUAUUCCUGCUCAUUCCCUACCAGUAUCAGCAUUCCCACCAAGCUAUAGCGAGACGCAAAUAAGUCUAUACGAAAAUGAUUCAAUCAGUUGGCACCAAGUCCUUCAACUAAGUUCAUGGCUUGGAAAUAUCAGUCUGAUACCAGCACCUGCCGAUGAUUCAUCUCAAGAGAGUAGUAUGUUCAAUAAUUUCACGGUUUUCGAUACGCUAUUUGACGCGUUCAUAGCUACCGAUGGAGUGGACGGUUCGUCUGGGUUUCAAAUUCGAGUAAAGAAGAUUGGGACUGUCAAACCCCUUGGCCAAGUUUACAAUCUGAAUCGAAUUCCAGAAGCCUGGGGAAGAGCGUUCAAGUAUUCACUGUUGAUGAACGGCGAUUUGAUGUAUGCUGCCAACAAAGAUCUUAGCGGCGCCAAUGGCAAGCAAAUCGGAGUCAACUAUGUGUGCACGAAGACUACCAAAGAAUGGCAGACCAUUCCAAAAGUUGUUUCAGUCACCGUUGGGAGUACAUUAGCGGUAUUCUCGGCCUGUUUUACUAUACUGGUAGCUGUGGCCCGUAGGUUGGACAGUUUCCAAAGCUCGGAUGAAGAAGCGCAUCAAAUGACAGCCAGUCCUACUCAAUCGGCCAAUGAGUUAGACACGGAAGUUUGUCAAGUUGCUACUUGA